ACCGCAACCCACGCGGCAAAAACUCCAUCACCUGCUUAUCCACUCCCCUCUCUGCAACUCUGCAUCUCCAUUUCUUCCUUUCCAUGCCCAAUUUACAGUAGCAGCUUGAGAGAAUCUCGGUCUCUUCUUCUUUACUUCAUCGGCUAUGGAGACUGGAAUUGCUUGCUGCGCUCGCGGGGCUUUCCUCCCCAAUCUUUCUUCUCAGCAUUCUACUGCCCUCAUGUCUCCUUCCUUCGCCACCAGGAGUCUGAAAGCGAGCUCGCUAUUUGGGGAGUCAUUAAGGCAAGUUCCCAAGUCAUCAAUAAAGGUGGUAUCGAGGCCAAAGAGUUCUCCCCUUAAAACCAGAUGUGAAAUUGGUGAUAGUCUGGAAGUGUUUCUCACCAAAGCAACCUCAGAUAAGGGAUUGAUCAGAUUGAUGAUGUGUAUGGGAGAAGCUUUAAGGACCAUUUCCUUCAAAGUUAGAACGGCUUCUUGUGGAGGAACUGCGUGUGUCAACUCCUUUGGAGAUGAACAGCUUGCUGUCGAUAUGCUUGCCGACAAGCUUCUGUUUGAGGCCUUGACAUACUCACACUUCUGCAAAUAUGCUUGCUCCGAAGAAGUGCCAGAGCUCCAGGACAUGGGAGGCCCUGUUGAAGGAGGGUUCAGUGUUGCAUUUGAUCCGCUCGAUGGAUCAAGUAUUGUCGACACAAACUUCAGUGUAGGCACCAUCUUUGGAGUGUGGCCGGGUGAUAAGUUGACUGGUAUAAAGGGAAGUGAUCAAGUUGCUGCGGCCAUGGGAGUUUACGGUCCUCGCACGACAUAUGUUCUUGCUCUGAAAGACUACCCCGGCACUCAUGAGUUUCUUCUUCUUGAUGAAGGAAAAUGGCAACAUGUUAAAGAGACCACAGAGAUUGGGGAAGGAAAACUGUUCUCUCCUGGAAAUUUGAGAGCCACAUUUGAUAACCCUGAUUAUGACAAGCUGAUCAACUACUAUGUGAAGGAAAAAUACACAUUGAGAUACACCGGCGGAAUGGUUCCCGAUGUCAACCAGAUUAUUGUGAAAGAGAAGGGUAUUUUCACAAAUGUGACAUCUCCCUCAACCAAAGCCAAGCUGAGGCUGUUAUUUGAGGUAGCUCCUUUAGGAUUCUUAGUGGAGAAAGCAGGAGGUUACAGCAGCGAUGGACGUCAAUCUGUGCUUGACAAGGUGAUCGAGAAUCUCGAUGACAGAACCCAAGUUGCUUACGGAUCUAAAGACGAGAUCAGUCGAUUCGAAGAAACUCUUUACGGAUCAUCCAGGUUUAAGGCAGGGGUGCCGGUCGGGGCUUCAGCUUAAGCAGUGACAGAACAUUUUCCCCAAUUUUUUUCCCACCUUUGCUUGUUGAAGACAGAAAUUUAAUCUGUCAGUAGAAGCUUGUAUGACUUGUAUGAUAGAAAUGAAAAUAUUCAAGCUAUUUUGAGGUUUGGCACCACAA